CCCACUGCAGCCAUAAAUAAAUAAAAUUUAAAAAAAAAAGAUAAGGCUUGAGCAUGGCCUCUAGUUUCAGGGAGGGCUGUCCCAUUGCAGUGGCCUUCACGGUGAGAUGGAGCAAAGAAGUGUGGUCAGGGUAUAGAUGAUCCUUUCUCAGCCUUGGCUGGGGAGAAGCCAGGGCAAUAGGCCACGUUUGGUGGGGUCGGGGGAGAGGAAAUGUUUUGGCUGAGAAAGCAGUGGAGAAGAAUCAAGGAGAGGGGACAAAUGGAGCUCACUGUCUGAGUGCUGAGUGCAGAGAAAAGGAUGGUGUGGGCUUUGCAUCUGCAUAGGGAUUGGCUGGGUGUGUAAGUCCUUAGCUGUGAGUGGUACUGUCAACCACUCAUCAAAUGUUCAUUGACUGCCUAUUGCAUGCCAGGGAGUGCCUAGAACUGGAGGUUCAGUAGAGAAUACACUUUGUCACCCUGAUUCCUGAGGAGGCCAGAGUGUGGAGGCAGAGGGGAUGUAGGACAGAGCCUGGUCCUCCCUCUCCUGGAGGACUCAACACUCUUGAACAACCCUGCCUGUGACACUUCCCAUGGGCCCCAGGAGAGGCCAAGACAUUGUCAGGGAGAUGGAGAAAUCAUUUCUUCAUCUUCACAGGAGGCUUCCCUUGCCCACUGCCCAGCAAUCCCGUGAGGCAACAGCAGGGGCUGAGGCAAGUCUAGCUCACAGCCGUGGAGGAGAUCAGGGAUGGGACAGGUCAGGAAGAUGCGUGGUUGGGCAAUUGCAUCAGGCCCACGAAGGGCAUAAAGGAGGGUCCUGCGUGCUGGGAGGAGGCCAACUUGGGGACCAUGGAGACUCAGAGGGCCAGCCUCGCCCUGGGGCGGUGGCCACUGUGGCUACUGCUGCUGGGAGUAGUGGUGCCCUCGGCCAGCGCCCAGACCCUCAGCUACAACGAGGCCGUGAUUCGUGCUUUGGAUCAGCUCAACGAGCGGUCCUCAGAAGCUAAUCUCUACCGCCUCCUGGAGCUGGACCCGCCUCCCAAGGCCGAUGAGGACCCGGACACCCCAAAGCCUGUGAGCUUCAUGGUGAAGGAGACCGUGUGCCCCAGGAUGACCCAGCAGCCCCCGGAGCAGUGUGACUUCAAGGAGAAUGGGCUGGUGAAACAGUGUGUGGGGACAGUCACCCUGGACCAGGACAGGGGUAACUUUGACAUCACCUGUAAUAAGGCCCAGAGUGUCAGGAUUACAAAGCUACCAUGGGCGCCACCAUAGCCGACGCAAAGAUGUCGCAUAAUAGUGAUAAGAAUGUGCCCGUAAUCAGCACAUCAAGGCUUUGCAUCAUGAGACAGAGAAGAGUCCUAAUCGUAUGCUUAUUCUGGCUCAGGCUACUGGACUCUGAAAAAUAAAUUCUUGUGAAAUCAGUA